GUAAACAAAGCACGGCCUCCAAAUCGGCUGCAGAGACACAGAAGUCACAUCAUGUCAGACUGGUCACCUGUGCUGACAGUGUUGUCUGUUUACUGUGUUUUAUAAUGGGCGGACUGGUGUUCGCCGUGUUGCACCGUGUUACAGACAAACUCCCGUCGGAGGACUAGUCAGACAGGUUUGGACUGGGAGCCUUUUGUUCACUUUUUUGAGGGCGAUGUAGGACAGUUAUCAUGAGGAUAGUCGCAACUGUAGCGCUUCUACGUCUGUGUUUAUCUGCGACAGCGGCAGUUUCGAGUAAUGGCUCCACCGAAACGGCCCUCACGGCGGCACCGGGCGACAUCGCUCUACUUCCGUGUUACACCGUCGGUAAUUUAACACCGUCUUUAACGACCUGGAUGAAAAAUGGACGAGAAGUCGUUAGAGGUGGAGGCUCUUCGCUGAGCCAUUCGCCCGCCGCACAGCGUCUCACAGUGCUGCAUGACGGGAGUCUGAACAUCAGGGGGGUGAUACCUGGAGAUGAGGGCAGCUACCUGUGCAACUCCACACUACCUGGCAACUACACGUUUCAGGCACGUGUCCUGCUUCAAGUAACCAGUGGUCCAGAAAAUGUAUCUAUGUCCAUCGGCCCAGCCACCGCCCUUUCCAACGGGACGCUCAUCGCCUAUCGGGGCUCGACCGUCUCCUUUACCUGCUCGGGCUCCUCCUACCCUUCUCAGCGGCUGACCUGGGCCUUCAGAGGAGCCUCGUCCAGCAACGACUCGCUGGUUUCAACGUCUGGAUCCUCGCUUGACUACAGGAUAGAAAACAUUCAACCCAGCGCUCAAGGGGUUUACACCUGCAGGGCCAACAACACCGUCUCUCAUCAGGCGGUAAACAAGAGCACGCAGCUGCUAGUGUACUAUGUCCCAGACAGACACCUCGAGUGUAUGUGGGCACCAGUGCAGGACCCCUCCCAAGUCCAGUUCAACUGCAGCUGGUUUGGGGCGUAUCCCACUCCGACGCUGCGCUGGGGAGAAGACCAGGGCCCCCAAGGAGCUCGCUGGAAAGGACACAUUUAUGAAAUGGGGGUGACGGACCGUCUGUCAGUGACACUGAACCGCUCCCUGCUGUUUGAUGGGCAGACGCUGAGGUGCAUGGCCCAGCACCUGGCGCUGGCUCCAGGAAAGGAGAAGUCGUGUUGGUUUACCCUCAAGCAUCCGUACCCUGAAGGCGAACCGCUGGCCACAGCUCUGGAGGAGACCAGCGUAACUCUAACCUGCACUGAGGACGUGUCCAUGCCCCCUGCAAGCACCACGUGGAGGAAGGGGCUCCAGCAGGACAUCAUUGUGCCCGGAUCAAAGUAUGUCCUGACUGAGGAAGGCCCCGUCCUCAAACUGACCAUACUCAACGUCAGCAAGGACGACGAAGGCGUCUACUUCUGCCGCAGCGAGAACCCCAUCGCUGUCAAGGAACUUGAAGUCUACCUCACUGUGAAAACCUCCUCCGCAUACACAGGAGCAAUCAUCGGCAUCUUUAUAGCUGUGCUGAUCGUGGGAUCAGCCGUCAUCAUAGCUAAAACCAUUUACUCCAGCCGACACCGGAUUUGUCUGGGCGGUGGCUUUGGCCAAAUGGAGGAGGACAGAGGAGACGUGCUGAGUCUGGUGGAGUCAGAUGACGAGCAGAUCUUUCAAGACGCUGUUCCCCGGCUUCCUCCGAUAACCAACGGACGCCACACGACGCUUGUCCAGAUACAUCGGAUCCCAUCGAGUGAUCAUGAAGAUGCAGAUAUUGCUGACACGAGCCCACAGCAGCAGGAAGAUACUGAGCAGACAGAAGAGCCAGUGGAUCUUGUAACAUUUUAGGUAGCGGGUGUUUUUAGAUAAGUGUUUUAUUUUAGGUAAACACCAUUUACUCCCAAUGAGAAUGUGAACAGAACUGGUGAAAGAUAUAUGGGAAAAAUAUCUCUUUUAAUUUGUUAUUUUUUUAAACAGGGUUUUGAAUUUUUGUAAAUGUAUUUCUAUGAUUAAUUUGUUUGUACAGCAUUUUGAAUGUUACGCUGAUAUUAAGAUUAAUGCAGUAAAUGAAGCAGUUCAAAAAACUUGUGUACGUCUCCACCCUGUAUUGCACAGGACUUAUUUCGACUUACAUUCAGCCAUCAGAAGAUAAGCAAGUAUUAUGAUUAUUGAAUGAAUUCAUUAAUUAUUUAAGUAAAAAACAAAAAAACAAACAUUUCCUCGUCCCAGCAGAAUCAUUGAUAAUGAAAGCAAUAGCUGCACCCCAAGAAAUUAAUAAAAGAAUGUUUUAAGUGAACUUAAUUCAAAGUAGAUCUGGCUGCACCAUCACAUCAAUAAAUAGUCUAAAUGUGGUCAUAAUAAUAGUAACAGAAUAAGUCAACUUACUGUACAUUUUAAAAGAUGAAAACAUUUAAAAACAAGUCAGAUCAAAAUCAACAUUUUCACCAACCCACUUGAAACGAAAGCUUGGACAUUAAUUUUUUAGAAUGGCAGUACCAAGCCUCUGUUACUCGUCUGAUAAAGCUGCUGAGUAUUGGUUUCCUGAGUCUGAAUAUUGCUUCUCUGAGUCUGAAUGUUAGUUCUCUGAGUCUGAGAUUACACUUUUUGACUUUUUUUUUUGGCUUUUGGUUUUCAAAGUCGGGGAGUUGAGAUAUAAAAUCAAACUAAAUAAUGUUGUGACAAACA